AUGGCUUCCCAUACUGAUUGUGACGAGUCCAUCAAAGGUGCCCUGCCUCCAGACUUCAUCUGGGGAUGGGCCACAGCAGCAGCGCAGGUCGAGGGUGCGUGGGACAAAGAUGGCAAAGGCGAGUCAAUCUGGGAUAAGUUUGCCCAUACCCCAGGCAAGGUCAAAGAUGGAAGCACUGGUGAUGACGCCGUGCGGUCCUACGAUCUUUACAAGACCGAUGUCGAGUGGCUACGCAAGUACAGAGCUACAGGAUACCGAUUCUCACUUGCGUGGUCGAGAAUCAUUCCACUGGGUGGAAAGGAUGAUCCCGUUAACGAAGCGGGAAUUGCCUACUACAAUCGCCUCAUCGACGAGCUUAUCGCCAAUGAUAUCACGCCCUUCGUCACCCUUUUCCACUGGGAUAUUCCACAGGCGCUGGAGGACCGCUAUGGCGGCAUGUUGAACAAAGACGCCUAUACCCCCGACUUCGUCCGAUACGCCCAUGUGUGUUUUGAGCGGUUUGGGGAUCGCGUAAAGAACUGGAUCACAUAUAAUGAGCCCGGUGUCUAUUCUCUUGCUGGUUAUGCCGCCGGCGUACAUGCGCCCGCACGAUCGAGCUUCCGCGAUCGUAACGAAGAAGGUGACAGCAGCACGGAACCUUUUACCGUUGGGCACACGGAACUCGUAUCCCACGCCUAUGUGGCCGAUAUGUAUAAGCGCGAAUUUAAACCUACUCAAAAAGGGACCAUCAUGAUCACACUACACGGCAAUUGGUCUGAACCUUGGGAUGCUGAUGAUCCUAAAGACCAAGAGGCCGCGGAAAGAGCUCGGGAGUUCGAAAUUGCCUGGUUUGCCGACCCUUUGUACAAGACGGGCGACUAUCCUGCUUCUAUGCGCGCGCAGCUAGGGGAUCGCUUACCUCGCUUCACCCCCGAGGAGAGCAAGCUUGUUCUUGGGAGCUCCGAAUUUUACGGUAUGAACUCUUACUCAGCGUUUUACGUACGCCACCGCGACGGACCUGCCGAUAUUAAUGACCACCUCGGCAAUAUUGAUAAGCUCGAUGAGAAUAAACAAGGCCAGUGGAGAGGACCCAUGAGUGACACAUACUGGCUGCGAACAACCCCUUGGGGCUGGGCCAAGCUGCUUCGCUGGAUCUGGAACCGCUACGGCGUCCCUAUCUACAUUACCGAGAAUGGUACCACGGCACAAGGCGAGCAUGACUGGAAGCCCAAGGGUCCUGACGAUGUACUUGAGGAUCCCUUUAGAGUUGAUUUCUACAAGAGCUACCUCGCCGAAGUUGCCAAGGCGUCGCAGGAAGGCGUUGUGAUCAAGUCGUACUUUGGCUGGACCUUCACGGACAACUGGGAGUGGGCUGCAGGGUUCUCGGAUCGAUUUGGGGCGACGUGGAUUGACUUUGAAAGUGAGGAGAAGACUAGAUAUGCAAAGAGGUCGGGGUAUUUCUUGGGCGACUUCUUCGAUCAUCUCAUCAGCAAGAAAUAA